AUGAAAACCUCGUCCGCCGCGUUUUCAGUAGCGAAGGCCGGUGGGGCGUAGCUUGGCCUCUAAGGGAAGCCGCAAGCUGGAUACUCUCGCUCGCUGUCGAUGAGACCGAUGAACAUGGCCAUGAAGCACUUCUUGGUCGUCGCCGCCCUGUUGGUGCUUGCGGUACUUGUUAUUCUACCAACCUGCCAGGCUGACUGCGACGCAAAGCCAAAGAAGAAAGUCAAACCCAAGCCUUUUCCAAACCUUAUGAAAAAUUACAGAGGCGGAUGGAAACUUACGGCGGAAAUCAGCGAUACCAGUGAGAAUACGACGUUUUACCUGAUCGAGUAUUACGACACGAAAGCGCAGGAGGGAUUUCUCAGGUUCAAGCAAGACGGCGGAGACGACAUCAACCUCUACUACAUUGCGCGCACCAGGGAACUGUUCGUCUACCGGAAACGCACGUGUCAAGUCGUGGACGUUCAGAAUCCCCCAGAACCAGUCAAAGCGCUCAUGUUUGAAUGGAGCACCAAACGUCAAAACUUCACCAUUCUGGGACCUUCUGCACUUUUCGCCAUGGCCUGGGCAAGCCGGGGAAAGGGAUUGUACUACCAAGGUCCAGCUGAGCCCAUCCGUGGAAUCAAAAGCCAGCAGUGGGCGCUCUGCUACCCCGAAGACAGCGAGCCAACGCGACUCUGGUUUGCCGACGACAACUGGGACAUGGGUUACGGCACCAUGAGGUCGCUGCCACUCAGGAUCACCUCGGGAUCGCAAACGGUCGACGUCAUGAUGGUGCAGCCUUAUUACGACGACGAAGACAACGUCCUGCAGAUCCCCUCAGGUAAAGGGUGCAAACGUCUGGCCAAUGAUCUACCGGCUCCGCCCAAUUUUUCAAACCUGGACCUCGAAUUUCACGUCGAAAUGGCCUUCUCGAAUCCCACGGCGCUGGGCUUUGCGCACUACCUGUCCCACCUGGAAGUGAUUCGCAGCGAUAGGGACGGUCUGCUCAGCGUCACCGGUGUAGACUGGCAGUCGGCCAGUACAGACGAGCACGCCCCCAUUGUCACCAUGCAAAAGAUCUACGAUUACGCCAACGGUCACGUCUACAACUACGUCGACAGCGGCGGCUUGGUCGGGUGCGAAGUGCAAGCGCGAGACGACGUGGCACCCGCCAUCGAGUUUCCGGACAGAAAUCAGGUCAACAUGUUGGACACGAUACUGCCCACCUACGACAUCCUGAGUAAUGCGAGCUACCUCGGCAUCCAAAAGGUCCGUGGAAUGCCUGUGCACACCUUCGAGCUGGUGACCGCGGCAAUGCCAGGGGGACACGUCAACCUCACCCACGCAGUGAUCACCUACAGCUUCCUUGUGGAGGACGAAUUUAUGGACACCUCGGUCAACCAAAGGAACCUCCCUGUUCGAGUGGCCAUGUACGCCUACGUGAGCGACGAUGCCGAGCCGCACUUCUACUUCUUCGCAAACAUCCACGACAUCACGACGGAGAUGAGGGACCUGAACAAGAAGCUGAGCGUCAAGAACUGCUACAACGAGAACGACUCCGAGUACACAUGGGUUCAGCUCGGCUUCCCGGUGGCCAAGAGGAUGCCACUCAUGAUGGCGAACAGCGCCAACAUCAAGCGGGGUUUCCUGGCGCAGUUGCAGCGUGUCACGAGGCUGUCACCUCUCAGGACACCAGACGUGCUGGUCGACUACACUGAAAACAUGGUCUACGUCACGGUACUCAUUCUGGGGCAUCCUGCAAUUUCAGCCGACUACGACCAGAUACCGAAAAUGAAAAUCAUGGAACCGGAAUGGACCGAGGGUGUCAUCACGCGCGACAACUGCCUCAAGGCUUGUUCAACCAAAGACUACAAAGACUGCAGUGCCGUCUCCUACUGUGGAUCGGUCUGCGCGACAACGACAACCACAAAUAUUAGCGCGUCGGACGUGCUCGUAGAAUCGGAAGAGUGCAACACUUACGUGAAGACGGAUCGUUCGCGAAGAAGAAACGUAGUGCUGACCCGCGACGCCAUCUCGGACCUGGAAGAAGCUCUGAGAAAAAGCGAGUUCAAGUUUGUCGUCAUGCACCGCGGCUCAAGGCUACCGGUGGGCACGCUCGUUGCCGAAACCAUAGAGUACUCUACGGGAGGACUCCGUGACAUGAUAGGAGAGUUGAACCCCGACUCGAGGCACCUACACCAAAUGAACCGCUUCCAGCCGCCAGAAGGCUUCAGCGAGAACUUGGUGGUGACGAGGCUUAAGACGAGCGAGGCCUACGCCCAGUACGUGGGCUCUUUCGAGACGCAGGACUGCGCCGACAUCUGCCGCGACCGCGAGGACUGCUUCGCCUUCUCGGCGUGCCUGGUCAGCAAGCAGUGCGUCAUCGGCACAGAGUCCAGGAAGCCCGCGUUCGAAGAGACAGAGACCCAGCCGGACUGCACCCUGUACACGAAGACGUACGAGAGCAAGUUCGAAGAGCUGCCCGGCAUCUGCUACUCGUCCGUCGCGACCAAGUACGUGGCGGCGACCUUCCCCUCGGAAUGCGCCGCCGCGUGUCUCAACGAGAAGGAGUUCACCUGCAAGGCGUUCGACUUCUGCUUGACCUCGCACGAGGACAAGCUCUCCUGCCGUCUCCAGGACAGGUACAUCCUCGAGGUCGACGACACCGCCACCGGCAUCGACCGAAGCGGCGCCGAGAAGUGCAGUCACUACACACGCAAGCACAUCAGCGACUACCGCAAGGAACGCCGAGUCCGCCUGCUGGGCACCCCGCGCACGGUGAUCAAGGAGGUGUCCGAGGCCGAGUGCGCGCGCCAGUGCUGGGAAGCGAGCUUCCGCUGCGACAGGUUCGACCACUGCACCGGCAAGCGGGAGCUGGGAAAGGGCGACUGCCUGCUCUACGACGGCGACAAGGGACCCUACGGAAGAGUCAUGUCACCCGUCUGCAACUCCUACAACUACACGGGAAACUACAACGCCCCAGUAGCAAGAGCGCCUGAGGCACUUCACAGCAAUGCGAAGGCUACCGGCCUGUCUUUCUUCAUGAUAUUCAUGGGCGUCGGCAUUGCAGUUGCGGCGCUGUUCGGCUACGGCUUCUACAAGAUCAGACGGGCCGCCAGCCAAGAAUGAAAAAAAAAAAAAAAAGACAAGCGAGAAAAUAACGAUAAUAAAAGAGUAUUUAUUUAAACCAUAAAUCCGGCCU